AUGCCUCUGUUGCAUAGGAAACCGUUUGUCAAGAACCCCGUGCCCAGGGGCCUGAGGGAUUCGGACGAGGUGUUCUACUGUGAGCUGACCAAAGAGAUAUUCCUCAGUUACGAGUGAGUACGCGCGCUUUCGCAAUAUCGCGCGUUUAUAAAACGGGUCCCAGGAAUAAACCGUGAGUUUCACAUGGCGCCGAACAUGAUUGAUUUGCACGCGCAACCACGUUUAUUAUGGCCGUGCGAUGAGUUGCAGCUUUUUAACAAUAUCUUGCAUCGUCCACGAAACUUCGACAUUCACUUAUAUUUUGUAAAAAAUGCCACUUUCACUGCGCUUUUACGUCGACCCGCGAUCUUUUUCUUUUUUAAAAUAUAAUAUUCGAGGUUAAUCUCCUCCUCCACUUUUACUUUGGUGAGCCAUAUCUUAUUUUUUUUUUCUGACAUUCAAACAAUUUGAUAUUUAUCAUUGUAAAGUUUACAGUUAGCUUUGUGCUGGUAAUAUAAUAGGUGUAUAAUAGAGAUAUAUUAUAUUAUUAUGACCUUACCUCUGAACCUCUUUCAUCUUAAUGACUACGCUAUGUGUUUUGUUGUAACUGAAUUUUGGUAGACAUUACAUUCGUUUACUGGCAUUCUAAAUAUAUAUUUAAAAUAUAUUUUUUACUUCAUCUACUGGUAUAUGUUGAAUAAUAUUAUUUUUGUUCUAUGCCUUACAUUCCGAACAAAGAAAAUUUAAAACUUAAUUCUAUUGUAAUAUAAUUCAUAAGAUCAUCAAAUGUAAAUUUGUGUGGAUUUGGGUACGUUUUUUUAUCUUAAAAGUUGUAUUUGUUUUUUAUUAGUGACUUUUUUUAAGUUGAUUUUACAAUUAUGAUAAAUAAAUUGGUAGUAGGUACUUUUAAAUGUAUAUGUAGGUCCCUUGAAUUACUAUUUUUAACCUAGUAAUUGUACUGACGUAUGUUCUAUUAUCUAAAGUGGUUUUCAUGCAAAGAUUUAUUAAUUUUUUUGUAUUUUAUCUAUUUAGGCAUUAUGUUGAAAGAAUUAUUUUAUGUAAUUCACUAGUAUGGUCAUGUGAACUGACUGGUAAGAAAAAUAUGACUUACAAAGAAGCUUUGGAUUGUGAAAUAGAAUCGAAAAAAAUGUUGAAUGACUUUCCAAAUGAGGUAAGUAAUAAUAUUUUAUUAAGGGGUUAUAAUUUAAUAAAUAUGUAUUUUAUUUUCAGCUUCAAAAGCCCAUUUUAUAUUUAUUAACUUUAACAAAAUGUUCUUCUUUGAAAGAGCUUAUUGAACAAAUAUUUAAUUUUGUAAGAUAUCGAUAUUUUGUAUCAGAAAUUGUAGAUGUUGCUUUAGAACAAGAUCAAUGGUAAGGAUAGUUUGAAAUAGUGGUAAUUUUAAAACAGUUAAUAUUCAUUACUCAUUAUAUAGGAAAACAAUCUCAUUUGUUUAUUUCUUAUUCAAUUUAUAGGUUGAAAUGUAGAAUUUUAGCAGUUCAUUCUCCUUCUGACCAAAAAAUUGACGAAAAAAAUUAUCACCGUACUACACCAAAGUAUUAUCCAUAAACAUUUUUUUUUUUUUUUUUAGAAUUAUAAUUUUUUUUUAACUAUUUUUUUCAUAGAAAAUCAAAUGACAGUAAUUCAAGUACAGCACUUGCAUUUUAUAAUUAUGAUGUAGAACUGCUGAAUUCUAAGAAAAUACAAAAUCCAAAUAAUGAACCCAUUUACAGAGUAGAUGGUGUUCAAAUUAGAAGAUCAAAAGGUUGUUUUACAAGAGAUAGAUGUCGAUUUUUUAUAACUCAUAAUGUUGAGUUUAAAAAUGGUUUGAUAACAUUAAAGGUAAAUUACUUAAAAUAAUAUUUAUAAUAUUGUAUCUAAUAAGCAUGGCUUAGACGAUCUUUUUUGGGGAGGGGUGAAACCUAACCUAACCUACUAUACAUAUAACUUUAUUAACACUAAGGGUAGACACACACUAAACGGUUGCCUGCAGAUGUAUUGCAGUAUAUAGUUGAUUAUGAGUGCUGCUGCCACACAGUUAGUCCGGAUACACUAUAUACAUUUGGUAAGUCUGGAUAAAGGUUAGCCGUAAACUAAUCGCAAAGAGCGUAUGCUGACUGUGGAUAGCUACAAAGGAGCUACAGCACUACAAGUGAACAGAACUUUGUGCAUAUACAAAAUUGUAUACACAAGGAGUUUAAAUAUAAUUCAUUGUUUGAGGUUAACAGGACAUCUGUAUUGUAAGCAGCCGUAUAGUUACCGUGGUGUUUCUCUUAGGGGGGGGGGAGGCGAAAUAUAUUUUUAUUCUAUCUUAAAAAUUUACAUCAUAGCUAAUAUAACCUAACUUAACAGGAAUUUUAUAUUUGUAAAAUAUUAAAUAGAACAUUUUAGUAGGUACAUAAAAAAAGAAAUUGUUUAAUAUAGUUCAUGUUAUAAAAUAAUUUUAUAAUAAAUUGUAUUUUAAUACAAAGUUUAACAUUCAGUUUUUCAUACGAGAAAAUCAUUCAAUAAUUUCAUUAACUGGUAUACUGAUAUAUAUAUACUGUAUAUAUUGUCACAUAAUUAUACGACCUCUGGGAGUGGGGCGAAUGCCCCCUUUGCCCACCACAGGUAUGCUACUGUAUAGUUAUAUGUACCCAUAGCUUUACUUAAAUUUCUAGUUUUUAGUUUUCAAAAUCAUUUAAAAUGUUAUUUUGGUAUGUAAUUUUGAAUAUCAAUUUCCCUAUGAUAGAAAAAAGUAAAAAAAAAUUGUUAUGUAUGGGAUAAACUCUAAUCUUCAGUUUUUGUUUUAACAAAAAAUGUCAUCAAUUUCAUUAAAAAAUAUAAUUUCUUUGUGUGCAUCAAGUAAACGUAAAUUGGACAGUCUAACUUGCUAUGUUUAACUCGCUAACUAGCUAUGUAUGCACUCAAAUAAUAAAUUAUUAGGUAAAUAUUAAAACAUAAAUGUUCCAUCACAUGAAGUACAAUAAAGUUGUACCUAAUAUUUCAAUUUUACAUACGUGAAUAUGCAAUAAUAAAUAUAUUUGAUAUAGUAUAUCUACUUAUAACUCAUAUUUAAAAUUAUUAUUUUAGAGAAAUAGGGAGACUUCCAGCCCAGGGCUGUUAAAUGUGCCCAUGAAUUAAAUGGGGGGGGGGGGUGAAAGGCUAGAAUUGCCUACUCACCAUUGGAGCUGAUCCUGGUAUCUAAUAAGCAAUUAAAUCUUAGCAACUCAUUAAUUAGUACUAUAAUGUGACUUUCAAAAUAAUAAAUAAUAUGGAUAUUAAUAAUAUUCUAGGAUAGUAUGGCAAACAGUAUUGCUAACAUGAAAUUUGAAGACAUAUUCAGUGGAGAGAUUCCUACAUUUUCUGAAACAAGAAAGAACAAAAUAUUAUCUAAAAAUGGAUUAAUUAAAAAAUCAAAUAAAGUAAUGAAUGGUGAACUAUCUAAGAAAUCUAAUAAAUUAAUGAAUGGUGAAACAUCUAAAAAAGAUGAUAAGGCUAUGCUAGAAAUGCAAGAAAAACAGAAAGAAGAGAAGAUAAAAAUGAAAGAAAAGAAAAAGGAAGAAAAAGAAAAACUAUCCAAAUAUCACAAAGAGUGGAGUAAGAAAAAGGAAGAUCUUGAGUUGGAAGAUUUAAAAGUAAAUAUAAUUUUUAAUUUUAAGAAUUUAUUUUAGAGCAUGAUAAGGAGGAUUAUUUUACUCAAAAAAAAUCUUUGAUUUUUUUGAAAUACUAAAGUUUUCAAUAUUUAUAUUAAAAAAAAAAUAAGUUUAUAUUUGUUUGGAUGGUAAUGGUAUCUUGCUAUUACUCGUUAAUGCAUUUAUUAUAUUUCAUACAAUUUAGGAUUACAUGUGUAAUGUCUUUUAAUUAGACAAUAAAUUAUGAAUAAAUGUAUCAGGUUCAUUUUUUAUCUAUUAUUAAUUUAUCAUUUAUAUUCAUCAUAUUUUAUAUUUAAAUUAAUGUAAAAUUAAAUUUUUUAUAAUUUAUAGGAAUUGCCCAAUGUGAAUCCAGUGAAUUUACGAAUUCCCAAUGAACAUUUUGGUGAUUUUGUAAUGAUAUAUGAAUUUUUCAAUAACUUUUGGUCUCAACUUGAUGCAGAAAGUUAUUUCCCCCAAGGAAUGAAUAUAGAAUUGUUGGAAAGAUGUUUGGUUGAAGAAGAAAUAACUGGUAUAAAUAUAAUCUGAUUUAGUAUAUUUAAUGAAUUUUAUGAAUUUUACUUUACUUAGAUUGAGAAUAUGUUGAUAUAUAUAUAUUUUAAUUAUACAUUCUAUUAAAUCUAUUUAAAUUGUAUAGGUCCAUUAAAUACUCUUGUUCAAGUACUGUUAAGAACAAUAUUUGACUUUGAAGAGGAUGAAGAAGCUGAUAUGAAAGAAAGUAACAAUACAGGUUAUUAUUUUUCGGUUUUGUUUUCUUUAUAUUAUUUUAUUAAACUCUGAAAUUUUUAGGCUGGGAACCAGUUUAUCAUGUAAGUGAUGAAAAAACAAAGACUGCUAUACAAUUAGCAACUAAUGUUCGACAUUGGGCAGUGCAACAUUUGGGCCAGUCAUUAAAUAAAAUAUUAUUACAACCAACUGUAAUUUCUGAAGUAUUGAGAAUCCAUUUACUUUCAUCUGGUGGAAAAUACUCUGAUCGAAUGGCCAAGUGGAUGUAAUUAAUUUAAAAAUUUAAUAUAUCUAAAAUUAAAACAAAACAUGAUUAUAAUAAUUUAUUUUAAGAUAUCACGUAAGAGGAAACUAUUGUCCUUCAGAUGAUCCUGGACUUUAUAUUAGAUUACAACAUCCAGAAGUAUUAAAAGCUUUAAGUCGCCAUCAUGUUACAUGCUUAUCAAUUUGUAAGAAUAGUAGGAUACAUAAUUAAUUUUUAUUUAAUAUAUUAUACAUUAUGUUUAGCUCACAAAAUGAUUUUAAUUAAUUGUUUGAUGAAUCAAAUACUAACACUUUCAUCUUACCGAGAAGAAUUGCAAAAUACAGUUAUUAAAACUAAAAAUGACAAACUAGAAGUAAAAAGUGCAUUAGCUGCUGAAAAGAGAAAAACUCUUGAAGUUGUUCAGAAGUAAAUUGCAUACAGAAAAUUUUGAAUGUUUUUUUAUUUGUUAAAAUUUUGUUUUCAGAAAAAAAGAAAUGAAAUUAUUAAAUGGUGAAACUCAAAAUAUAGAAAAUGAAGAAAAGGCUAUUAAUAAUAGACUGAAUGAAUUGAACAAAAAGUUUAUUGAAGUGACUGAUACAGGCAUGACUGCUCAAAUAUUACCACUUGGUAUGGAUCGAGCUUUUAGAAAAUAUUGGUUGUUUGCUUCUAUGCCUGGACUUUUUAUUGAAGAUGAUGAACCCUAUCCUGGAACUUGCUUACCUAAGUAAUAAAUAAAUUACUUAUUAAUAGCUUUCAAGUUCAAAGCUUAACCAUUUUAUACAAAUAAAAUUUAAUUAUUCCUCUUGUUUGUUUUAAAAACUAUGCAUAAUUUAUUUAAUAUUAAUGUGUAAUGUUAAAGAUAAAAACAAAUAUAUAAUAAUAAAAUUAAUGAUAUUUAAUUUUUAUUAAUAGAAUUAUUUAUUGUAUUUGUUACAGCGGUACUCCUAUUAGUAACAUUAUUGAAAAUGAUCCUGCAGUGUAUAUCAAAAGAUUAUUUGAAAUGAACGAAAAAGAAAAUGUUGGUGAAUCAAGAAGUAGUUUGUCCAAUACACCAUCAAAAAAAAGACUAUUUAAUGAGAGUUCAUUCAUGACUAAUGAAAUACCUUUAGAAAAAAAAAAAUUGCUCUUGUGUUGUUUUGGUCCUGAUAACCAGUGUCCGGUACACGAAAAACUUGAACAUAGACUUGCAUGGGGUUAUUUGAACACUCCUGAUGAAUUGGACAAUUUAAUCGAUAAUUUGAACUCCAGAGGAUUUAGAGAAGGUGAACUUAAAAAAAUAUUACAACAAGAAAAACCACGUAUUAUUUCAAGUAUGGAAAAGUGUACUGACUGUCUUUUAAAUCCAUCAUUGGUAAGUAGCAACUAUAUGCCUAUAAAUAAUCUUGAAUAAAAUUACUCACAUUAUUUUUAAAUAAAACUUCAAUAAAGAAUAAAGAAAUUGGUGUGUUUUAAUUUAUGUGGUGGCCUUAAAUAAAAUAUAAAUCAAUGUUCUCCUUUUUUAAAUUAAUGUCAUGAAUAGAAUAAGAAACUUUUUCUUUUUUUUUUAUUUGCACGUAAAUGGUAAAUGAUUUAGAUUAGGAGUCUUUCAAAAGUUUCAUGUGUAGAUUGAACAUUGGAAACUAAUAUUUUAGAAAGAUUGUUUUGUAGUUAACUCUCAAGUUUAAAACCAAUAUCCAGGAAAUUGUCAACAAAAAUUUGUGAUAUUCAUUUAAAAAAAAUUAAUUCUGUAGUUACAUUUUUGUUAGCCAAGCGUAAAUUUCGAAUGGUACUUGGCCAUUUCUCUUAUUAUUAUAAAGGGAAGAACUCUCAAAUUAUUUAGGUUGUAUUUUGAAAAAUAUGCUUUUAGAAAUUAAAUUUAUAAAAUUAAUUGUUCUAAUUACAGAUUUGUCAUCAUUUUAAUUUAAAACAAGUUAAAUUAUUUAAAUUUUUAAAAAAUAAGGAUAUUGGCAAUCAAUUGUUAGUAAAAUAUCAUUUGAAAAAUGCAUAUUUGAUGAGUUAAUGAAUUUAAAAAUAUUUAUUUUAGAAAUAUUUUGUAUUACGAAAUCGAAAAUAUUUUAUCUAAAAAAUUUCUAUUAAUUUCUAUUCUAUUCAUGAAUUGUUUAAAUGUUAUUAAAUGACAUCUCUUAAUUUCAUAUUAUAAUAUGGAAGACUGACACGAGACUAACUAACUAAUAUAUAUUUUAGGUUUACUUGAAUACAAUUUUGAACUCUAGAGUUAAAGAAUUUAAAAUAUUAUAUAUAAAAUAUAUAUACUGUAUAUAUGUAUACAUAUGUAUAUAUUUACAUAAAUAUAUACAUUUUAUGACUUCCUAAUAUUUUAUUAUCAACUAAAUUUAGUUGGGUAGUCACCCAACUAAAUUUUUUUAAGAUAAUAUAUAAUGCCAAUUUAAUACAAAUGAUUUUACAAUUUUAAAAUAGUAAUGGUAUAUUUUUAUGAUUAUUAUUACUAUUUUAAUAUAUCAAUUUCAUAUUUUAUAGAUAACCGAAGAUGAUAAAAGGAUGCGACUUCAAAAACGUUUAAAAACUGAUUUUUCUGAAUAUAGAAAACAAAGUGUUAAAUUCCUUCGUAUAGACCCUGAUGUGGAUACCUCGAUGGAAUUAACUCUUAGAGAGUAUAUUUUGUAUUUAGAACGCAGAUUAAAUACUUCAGCACUUGGUAGUUUUGGGUCGAAGGUAAAUUUUAAUUAAAUUACUAAGUCAUAAGUGAUUAUUAUAAUAUAAUGUCAUUGCUGUAGAUAUCUAAUAGAGAACAAUGGAGAGAAAAUAUUUUAAAUGGCAUUUAUAAAGUCAAUGGUAUUUUAUCCUGGGGAAAUAGAAGUAAAGUGGUAAGUUUUUAAUUAUUGUUAUAGUUUAUAUUUUGUUGUAUUGAACAUUUUUUUAACUUAAUGUUUAAGUUUAAUUUCAAAAAUGUUUUACCUAUUCAAAAGUGUACAUGUUAAUUUAAUAUAUUUUUAUUUCAGAAUGAUGAAAACAUUGAUGAAAAAGUUGGUUUACCAGAACCAAUGAGUAAGUAACAAGUUAAAAGUAGUUUUUAAUGUGAUGUAUAAUUUAUAUCACAAAUAAAUAUAAGUACUAGAUGUCCAUGUAAAUAAUUUAAAUAUUUUUUAUAUAGACUACAAAGAUCCAGUUAAAUAUGUUGUUGAAGAUAUUAAAGUCGAUCAAAAAAUUUCAGAUUUAGCAUCAGUUAUCCUUAAAAUAGAACAGUCUAUUGAACCAAAGUUUCUUAGAAGACCAUUGGGUAAUUUUAUAUAUUUAUAAAAAUAUUUUGUGUCAGAUGUGCUGUAUAAAUAAUAUAGGCAUUAAUUAUACAGUAUAUAUACAGGUCUAUAAAUUAGAAAAUUAGGGUAAUAAGGCCAUAAUUCGAAACCAUAAAUAUAAAUUAUAAUACCUUAUUAUGUGUAAUUUAUUAGUUUUACGUUUUUUAAAUUAUGACAUUUUAAAUAACAGCAGAGAAUAUAUUGGGGGUCCCACUAAAAAAUGAAAAAAAGGAAUGACUUGUUAUGUUAGAUAUUUACAAUUUUUUUUUGUAAUGUUUAAAAAAUUCUUGCUCUAUGAUUUCUGAUUUUAUAUACAUUAAUUAUUAUUACUUAAUAAAUAUUAAUUUAUUAUCAAGGUUACACAAUUUUUUGAAGUUGAUAGAAAUUAUUAAAAUUACUUUAUUAUUUUUUUAAAAAUUAGUGAAUUCAUUGAUAAUUAGUAGUAGCAAAGAAUACAACUUAAAUAAUUUAAAAUUUUUAAAAAUAAUACCAAUCAAUUCACCAAGUUUUUAUCAUGAGUAAAUAUUUGUUAUACUCCAAUUUCUUUAAAGAAUCUUGGGUUUUGUAAAAAAAAAAUUAGAUUUAGAAAAUAGCAGGUGAUCUAUUAGUUUUAUUAUAUGGGGGUUUUUUUUUUGUACCUAUGAGGAACUUUUCUAACAGAAAUUUUACUUCAAUAAAAAAAUGAUAAGAUACCUAUUUGUUGCUUUUUGGAUCUAGUUAAUGAGUAAGAAAUUUCUGAUUUUCUAUGUAAUUUCCUUAAUAGUUAAGCAAAACUGGAAAAACUUAAGGAAGAACAGGGAAGUUCGUGUAAAUAAUGUUUUAAUUGUUGUCAAUUUCAAAAUUAUUUUCUAGAAGUAGUAACAUUUUUUUUUAAACAGGCACAAUUAUUGGGCUACUUUUAGGUAUUUUAUGUUCUAGUUUUUUUGCGUAAUUUUUUUCUAGUAGUUACAAUGUGGAUAUAAUUGUUUGACUUAUCAAAAAUGUUUCAGAAUUUAACAAGUUUAUUUUAAGUUAUACUUAUGAGUGACAAAAAAAAAAAAAAUAAGAGUAUUGUAAAAUUUUUUUUUUAUAAGAAUUUUAUCAUCAAAUUUCGACUAAAAUUAAAAUAUAUGAUAGCCUUUCAAAAUUUGUGUAGUUGGAAUUUCUCUCAGAAACAAUUUGGUUAACAAAGAUUAAUCAUUGCAUACAGAUAUACAUUAAUUUCCUUUUCUACAUCAUUCCUUCCUACCUUCUCACCUAUAACAGGGGCCGCCAAUUGUGUGAAGGAUAUCUAUCUUUUUUUUUAAAACAUCAAUCUCUAAUUAUUCAUAUUUAUAUAGUUUUUUACAUCAAUAAUAGUGUGCAUAAUCAUGUUGUUUACAACUUAACAAAAUUAUAUGUAUUUUACUGUUUGUGUUUAGGUUAUGACAAAAAAGAAAAAAUGAAUAGUGCAAUAAAUCCACAAAUGGACAAAUGGGAAAUGUCCUUGAUGAGCUCUUUGAAUUUUUCACAACUAUUUUUACAUUUAGUGACAUUGGGUAUAAGAAACAAAUAUAUUAUAUAAAAAUAUAUCUAUUGCAUAUUAGGAAUAAUAUAAAAUUAAAUUAAAUGUUUUUUAUUAUUAAUUUGAUUAUUUAGAGAAGAGUAUAGAAUGGUCCAAAUCCAUAAUGAAAGUUAAUUGUGUUUUAUGCCGAAGUAAUAAGGAUGAAGAUGUUAUGCUGCUAUGUGAUAACUGCAAUAAAGGACAUCAUAUUUACUGUUUGAAACCAAAACUGAAGGUAUGUUGUUUCUUUAUAUUUUUUCAGUUAUGGUUACUAUGAAAAUAUAAUUUAGGCAUAAAGAAGGGUUGGUGCGAUUAAAAAAAUUAGAGUGGUUAUACUGUAAAAAGUUACAAUUAGGUACUUAAGUUAGGUUGAUUCUCAUAAAUUAAUUAGUGAGGCGGAACUUGUAAUUUUUAUUGUUAAUUAAAUUAUUAAAAUUUGCUUUAUUUAUAGAAAAUUCCCCAAGGUGAUUGGUUUUGUCAAAAGUGUAAACCUAUUUUGAAAAAUGAACAAGAAGAGGACGAGCCUGAAGAAAAAGUGUAAGUGAUUUACUAUUAUCUGUGAUAAUUUUGUUUUGUUUUGAAUUAAACCUGAAUCAAAAAAUCUGUUGAAUUUUUAAUGAUGGAAAACGUUUCAACUUUUGUUUGUUUAUUUAUACACAAAAUAUUGUUCUUUAACAUUUUUAUAAACAAUUACAAUACAAUUACAUUACAAUAUUAUUAUUGAUAAUAUACAAGUGAUCCUUUUUUUAUUUUUAUUUUUAAAUUUAAUAAAUAUAUGAUGUUUCAAAAUAUUGGAAAUUAGUUACAGAUAAUUUGGAAGAGGUCAUAUUUUAUUAAAUUUUAGAACAGUUUUCCAGAAAGUUGUAAAAAUUGCUGAUAAGUUAUUCCAUUUCCAUUGCUGAGGAGGAACAUUUUUACUUAUUUGUUAUAUAUCACAAACCCCCCAACAAUUUAAAACAAAUUUUCACGCCUAUAUAAUAUAAUAAUAUUCUAUCAAUAAACAAAUACAAUAUAUAAAAUAAACAAAUAAAUUUUGUUUUUAAAUUAAUACAUUUCAAUUAUGUUAUUUUUAUUUAUAAUAUUAAGAAAUUUCUUAUUUCACAAAAAUUUAAUUGUUUUUUUUUUUUUAAAAUCUCGUUACUGUUAAUAGUUUUAUGAUAAAAGUAUUGCUUUCAAGUUCUCAGAUUUUAUUUUUGAAAAAUGGCCAAUGAUUUUGGUUUACUCAAUGCUGAUAUUAUUCUAUAUACAUUAAUAAAUGAAAAAAUUAUAAUUUAUUUUACCAUGUAUUUUUUAAGUAUAUAUGUUAUAGUUUAAUGUUGAAAAUAGAAUAAUGUCAAUUUUUCAUUCAUGACCAAUUUUGUGCUGUUGAUUAAUAUUAUAGUGAAUUUAUCUUUAAUCAAACCUAUAAGUAAGAAUGCUGACAGUAAUUAUUCAUUGGUUUUUUUUUUUCAAUAAUUACAUUUUUAAGUGAAAAACAAUUGAAUUUUACUUACAAAUUUUAAUAUUAAAAAAAAACCAAUGCACAAUGUACUUACUUUUAACAUGUUGAUUGUGUAUCUCACUGUAGUUCUUACUGUAGUGUGUACAUGACUUUAAUCCAUAUCCUUUUAAUUACUCUAAUUAAUAAUCAUAUUUCAUUAAGCUACGCGCAGAGAAUAUUAGACUAUUUACAUUAUAUAUAUUGAUGCCAAUCAGUAUGCAAUUAAUGGGUUGGAUUAUAUAAUUCACUCAAUUUUUUUUUAAAAAAACACAAAAUUGGGUCUGCUGAAUGAAAAGUUGACAUCUAAUUUUCUAAAUUGUUCAUAACAUAUACAUAAAGGUAAAAUAUAUAAUAUUUUAUCCAAGUCUGGUUUUUAACUGUGAUUCAUUAUAAUUUCAAAGAUUAAAUACAUUUUUGAACUGGUUAACAGUUAUUUAAAUACUUGUUUCCUGUCACCAUAAUAUUUAGAACCAUUAGAUAGUGGUUAAUGCUUCUUUAACCUUUUUCUUUGAAGCAGUUCUAAUUGUUCCGAGACUUUAAAGAAAAAAAAAAAUUUGUUUUCAUAGUGUAAGAUAGCAAAUUGAGCAUCAAAUUAAUAUUAGUAGUACAAUUAUAUAUUCUAAGCGGAGUUAGGGUUCUAUACAAGUAUACAAUUUAUUUUAUUUACUAUCACUAACUCUUGAGAAAGUUAUGCUCAAAAAGUUUCAUAUAGCAACUUUAAAUAUCUAAAAUUAUCUUAAAUAACUUGCUAGGUAAUGAUUAUUAUCCUUUUGAUAGGAAAUAACUAGAAUUAAAAUUAAUAAUUAUAAAAAAAGUGAAAUAAAAUAGUGUAAAUAUUAAACAAAAUUAUGUCAUAUACUUACAGAAUGUGAUUAUAAACUAUUAUCUAAGUUAAGAAUGCAUUCUAGGGCUUCUGUGGUUAAUUUUAUAAUGUCCAUCGUGCCUCUAUGAAAUAAUUGAUAUUUAUUGCCUACUAAUAAUAAUCAAUUUCAAUACCGAGGUUCAGCCAGUUUUUUUUCUAUCAGAUGUGAUUAUUGUGACUUGAAUUUCAAUUAUACUUUUCUGCUUUGGUUUUAUUAGAGCUUUCAAAAAAUACUUUUAGUUAAAUAAGUUAUAAAUUGCAAUGAAUAACUAUAUUAACAUGUCUAAAUGUGUUAUAUAUAAAAAAAAAUCAUGGGGAAUCUCCAAAACUAUUAAUUUGUGUUCAAUAUGAAUGUUUCAAUUUUAUUUUAAAAAAUAAUUGAUUAUAAUCACUUAUAAAUACUUACCCUCUAAUAUUAUUAAAAAAAAUAUAUAUAUAUUAAUAGUAAUAAAAAUUCAAGUGAUUAUGGAUCAUAAAAAAAACUGUCUACAAUUUUCCACUAGAAAUCUUGUUUCGAUCAUCAACUUUAGGAGUGAUUCUAGUAACAAAAUGUAUGCGUUUGGUGAUUGGCUAUUUUUUAAAUUUUUCUUUCAAUUUUCUUGAAAACAAUUUGGAUAAACCAGAGAAAUGUACACCAUAUCUGUUUUAAUUAUUUUUGAUUUUGUUUUUGUUGUAGUAAAUUAAGUUUAAAAUAAUUUUAGACUUACAGUUUUUACUGAAUAAUUUCAGAACUUUCUGGUGGUUUUUGUUUAUUUGAAUUUAUGUUGAUGAUUUUUUUUAAGUCAACAACAGCACUAAAAAAUUGAACACUUGUUCAUCAUAAGUUGUAGUUUCUAGUAAAAAAAAAAAUUGAGCUCAAUAUAGUAUUUUUCAUUAAAUAUCUAGAGUUAAAAUUUGUAUGGAAAUCAUAAAAUAUUGGCACUUUUUAACAUGUUUUAACAUGUUUAGCUUAUUUUGCUCAAAAUUGUGUUUUUAUUAUUAAUAGUUUAUUGUUGUGCACAGAUGCAAAACACAUUUCUCUAUAUAUUUUACCUUACAACUUUCCACCUAAAACAAUCAAUAACACAUCGAUCAGAGCCUACCUUUUCUUGGUAUACUAUAUUUGAUAAUAAAAAGUUAGAUGAUGUAUUAUUACAAGAAUUAAAAUUGUACAACUAAGCUACUUAAGUUUUAAUAGAACUUAAUAGUAAAAUAGCCACAUAUAUUACCCCAAUGCUUUAAUAUUUAAACAUCAUACAAAUAGUUUAUUCAAGAUAUUCAUUUUUUUCUGUUUGGUUGUUUCUCCCGUGUCCAAUUAUGUUAUUGAUGUAAAUUUACUACAUUACAAAUAUAAAUAUGACACUCUUUUUACAACUUUUUAUUCUUAAUAGAAAUUUUAAUAUUAAUUGAAAAUGUUCUAACUAUAUUUAAAAUAUUUGCUAAAUCUGAAUUAAUAUAUUUUAUUUAAUGUGUAUAUGAUUGAUGUACAAUUGUUUACAAUUCAUUUAUUAAGUGUUGAUUUAAAAUUAGAAAUUGCUACUUAAAAAUAUAGUUUUUAGAAUACUUUUUUUUUUUUUUAAAUUUAUCAUUGAAGUAUAAAAUAAUGAUAAAUCCCAAUAAUGUUACUAGAUUUUAAUUUUAUUUAUGAUUUAGUAUUACUUUUGUUUUUGUUUUUUAGGAAAUUUGAUAUUUGUCAUAUUUGUAAAGAAGAAGGAACAGUAAUAACUUGUGAUGAUUGUUCAAAGAAUUAUCAUUUAGCUUGUUUAAAUCCACCUAAACGGGCACCACCAAAACGAAAUUGGACAUGUUUUAGUUGUCGACAAACAUCGUGUAAAGGUAAAACUAUUGUUUUAAAAUCAAAAUCUUUGGUUUUCAUAACCCACUUAAUAUAUAUUUUAGAAGGUUACUCAAUAAUAUUUUGUCUAUAAUCACAAUAUCGUUAAACAUUACGUAUAUUCAGUUAACAGGACAUGUUAGUAACUACACUAUUAAUCAAUAUUUUCAAAUGAUUUAUAGCAAAUUUCAUUAUUUUACCAAUAAGUAAAAUUUCACACUAGUUUGGUGGGUAAUCAUGUACCUAUUUAUAAAAAAUAUGGUCCAAUAUAAAUGGAUAAUUCUGUUUAUUUUGAAUAUGAUGGUUAUAGAAAUAAACUAAAAAUUAUCACCUGGUCCUAUUUCAAUCUGUUGAAUAUUAUUUACAGAUGAAUUGGAACAGGUUGAGGUGGAAAGGUAUAGCAGGCGUAAGAGUUCGCAGGCUGCCACUGCCAAAAUAUCUGAAUUUGCUCGACAACUGUUACAUGCAUCAGCCAGAUGUUAUGGUCUGUCUCUGGUGUCAUAAUAUAUAAUAAUCUAAUUUCAGUUUUGUAAAAAUAAUUACUGUAAUCUCAACACAUAGAUCCAGGCUGUAUAUUGAAUUUUUAGUAUAUAUAUGUAUAUAUACAAGUAUAUGUAUACCUGUAUAUAAAAAUUAUAAAUAAUAAACUUCUAUUUACAAGCUUUGUAAUCAAAUUAUAGUAAUAUUUUAAAAUACAUUCUAUUACUCUUGGAUCUGUAUUUUAUUAUAACAUUUAAAUAAUUCUAUUGCAUGUAUAUAUUUUUAUUUGAAUGUUAUUUUAAUUGGCUUGAUUUUAUUUAAAUCAGUUGGUCGUUUAAGUAGGUGACAUUAGUUGAUAAUAAUGUUAUAAAUUAUGCUUUGUUAAAAAUAAUUAUAUAUCCAAUGACAAUAUAUAAGACUCAUUUAUUUAUGUAUAGGCCAUUUAAAAAAAAAAUAGCAUGACUAGAUAUUUGUGAUAAAUUAAUAAUAUUUACAUUGUUAUUUCAUAUUCUUUCAUAAUCUUAGCUCAAUGCCAUUGGCACAUGUGUUGGUACAGUUAAUCAUGAAUUUUGCAUGGACAUAAUUUAUUUAAAUUUACUGUCAAAAUUAAAAAAAAUUGUUUUUUUUUUUAAUUCAUUACUAUAAUUAAUUAUUUUAGGUGAAGAAGAAAAUAUUACCGAAGAAAAGAGCCGAAGAAGAGCUAGACAUUCAGAAGUAACUACUUUGACUACAUGCAAUGACCUACCUUUGGACAAUGCUCUUUUGCAAUUGGUUUUAAACCAAAUCAUGCAUCAUCCAGAAGCAUGGCCAUUUUUACGGCCAGUUACUAAAUCUCAGUGCCCUGAUUAUCAUACAAUUAUAAAAAAUCCAAUGGAUUUAGGCACAGUAAAAUACAAACUUAAUAUGCUGGCAUAUAGCACAAAUGCCGAUUUGUUGAGUGAUAUGGAAUUGAUAUUUGAAAAUUGCUUCUACUACAAUUCUGAAAACUCUGAAGUAUUUAAGUAAGUUGUGUAAUAUAAUUAUUACAAUAUAUUUGAGAUCAUUAAUACAAAUGUAUUUAUAUGUAUUCAUUAGAUGUGGCGAAAUGGUAUAUAAUUACUACAAACAAAUAUGCCAAGAAGUUAACUUGAAGAAUUACAGUGAAGAAAGUGACUAUCAUCCUCCUGGAAAAAAAUCAAAACAUAGUUUGUAGAUGUAAUAAAAUUGGAUUGGUUUCUAGUUGACAUUAAAUAAUGUAUUUAUAUUAAAGUCUUAGUGAAUACUAAUGAUGUGUAUAGUAUAUUGUCCUAGUAUAAAAUAGUUAUUCAUAAUAACACCUUCAUUUUCUGCCAAUUUAGAUUUUCUAAACAUGGCUGUGAAAUUCUUAAACCAAUCUGAUUCUAUUUGAGAAAUUUCAUUAAAAAUUAAAUUUUAAAAUUAUAAAACGAAUAUUUGUUAAAGUAAGUUAGUGCAUUAUAAAUUAAAUUAAGAAUUAUUUUUUUCAAUUGUACAAUGAUGGAUAUUUUUUGAAAAAUGAUUAAACUUGUAUUUUGUUUACUUUCUGUAAUGUGCACUGUAUGUUAAUGCAUUACCGUAGAUUAUAAAACUGUACAAGACUUACAAAAACCCAUUAAUGUUGUACUUUUAUUAUUUUUAAGCUAUCAUAAGUUGUAUUUUAUUGUAUAUAUAUAUAUAUAUAUAUAUAAAAACAAUUUAUUUUAAACAGUUCAACAACUACCACCAUAUGUACUACCAUACAUAAUAAGUUUAUAUGAAACAGUACAUCAAAAUACUACUCUAUUUUAAGUGAUGAAAAUUAUGCUCUUUUUGAAUAAUUAUUAUUAUUUUUUAUAGAAUUAUUGAACUAAAUGAGUUCAAUAUUCAAUACAAUUAUCAUUUAUUUUGAUAUAAACCUUCAAUGUUUGAAUUUUUUUUUAAUUUAAUAUGUACAUUUUUAUUUCUCGGCUCAAAACUAUUUUGUCCUUUGUAAUAUAUAAUGAAUUUCUUUUAAUAGAGCCAAGUGCCUACGUUUUGUUAAUAAUUAUUAAUUCAAUAAAAAGAAAAGGAAAAUUUUACCUUUCUAUGUAACUAAGUGUUUAUAUAUUAGAUAAGCAUAUAGUCCAUCUUUAUUUUCUAUAUAUUUAAAAGUAUUUUAAUUUUAAUUUGUGUAAUUCAAUUCCUAUUUUAAUAUUUUUUUUACUUAAUGUUAAUGUUAGUGUUUUAUUUUUAUUUUUUAAAAAAAAACAUUAAAGAAUACAUUACGUUUUUUUUUUAUUUUAAACAAAGAUGGUGUUUUAUUUUAUCAUUUUCAGCAACUUUAGUAAAAUUACUGGUCUGUUUUAAAUACAGUUUAUUGUAUUAUAAUAUUUCAAUACAACAAAAUAAUACAUGGCUCAUUAAUUUUUUUGUAGAUUGGUACAAACCGUAAUGUCAAACCAAUACUGUUUAUUAAAACUGAACAAUUUUGUAUUAAUUAAAUGAAACAUGUUCUAAUAUUCAAUAGUUUUAAUAUGAUAAGACUUGAUAUGUUGAAAGAGAAAAGAAAAUAUUCAAUGUGCGAGUAUGAGGUUUUUUUUUGAAGCCUAACAUAAUUUAAGUGAUUUUAUUUAAGAAGUUUACAGUUGGCACUGACUUACACAUAAUAUUAGUGUUUUUUUCGAUUUCAUUUUAAUUAUCUGACUGGUGUGAUGAAACAGUUAUAAAUUGACUACUCUUCAAUUUUAAUUAACAAGGUUAAUUUGGAUGGAUAUCAAUUGAGCAUUUUAAUUAAAAUAAUAAUAUGUAACUAUAUAUUAUGAUAUAAUAUACUAUUUACUGGUAGUUACACAGUAAAAAUAAAUUUUACUUUGAAAUUUAUAUUGUAUACAAAUUCAAGAAUAUUGGUUUGCUCAAUUUCUAGUUUACCAUAAUUAUUAUAAAUUCUAACGCAUCAAAAUAAUCCUUUGAUUUUGAAUAAUUGAUAACUUAAACCUUAAAAGUAAUAUAAUGUAAUAAAUAUAAAAUAAUUUGGAUUUUGUUUAGAGUUUAUUAUUAGCUAUUUGUAGAAUGAAGUCAUGCAAAGGCUGGUUUACACGCAACGACUUAUUGUACGUUUUAUCGGACACAAUAAAUUGAAUCAAGUAAAACAGAACAUAUAUACAGCAAAUCUUACGUUUUAUCGAAUCGGAAUGAAAUCCAAGAUUGGAUCGAAAUACUGAUGAGCGUGGAUUUAUUUUCCGCGAGAUUGAACGAGUUGUUACAUGUAAACACAGGUUCGAUAAAUUGUACAACUUCGUCCGUUUUUGGUUUUUAGUUCUCUUCGAGAUCAUAUAGUUUCAACAACUUAAUUUAACCUAAUUUUUUUUUUCAACAUUACCAUACCAGCUUUUCUGAUACAAGUUUCAUCUUUUUUUAUGUAUGGCGUUACCAAUUUCAACAAUCGAUUUUAAGUCGGAGCAAUUCUUUUCCUGGCAUCUUUGGAUAACAUUUUUAAUUUUUCCAUAAUUAUUGCCAACAGACAACUAUGGAUAUUGUAAUUUAAAAAGAAAUCUUCCAAAAUUGUGACAACAGCGCCAUCUUUUUGUUGGAUACCUAACCAUUUAAUCAGCUGAUGUACCGAAGUACAAUCAAUGAGCAAUUUAUAGGUGUUGUUUUAAAAUCUGUAUGUACUUGUAGUACUUAGUUUCACAUUAUUUCUGUUUAUAGAGGUCAAUCAAUUUUCUUUUUCCUGUGAAGUUCUGCAAAUAAAAUCUACGGUGAGUAAAUUUUAUUUUAUUAUUAUAAAUGAAGUAAAAAAAAAAACACAGUAAAUGUUUGUAGAUGUUGAACCUAUUCAAUUAUAAACUUGUAUAAAGAUUUAUUUUUGUCCUAUUUAUACGAGUAUACCUAUUCCGUAGUUUGUAUUUCAUUAUAAUAAUAUUCCACAAUAUUCUAGCAGUACAAAAUAUGUAUAUUUACUCAAAAUAAAUUUGAUUUUACUAUUAACGAAUUUGUUAUAAAUAUUCUUGAGCAUCUAUAUGUUUUACGAUGUAUAUUAUCUUAUACAUUAUGGAGAUGUUGAAAAUUAGAUAAUUUAAAAUUUUCGUUUAGUAAAUUAAUUUAAAAAUUUCACAAUUAUAUGCUUUUAAUUUUAAUAUUGGUGUUGGAAUUGGCCUAAUUGAUAAUUGGUUAAACUUUAACCGUUAAAGUUUUGUCUCUUAGGUUAAACAAUUUUUCAAAAUAUCGAAAAAUGCCAAAUACCUACAUUUAUUUUCCAUGCUCUCAAUUCGACCGAUGUCUCGCAGUCGAAUUUUCCUAUUUUCUGUUGAAAUACACUUGGUUUUGAAGUGCCCGUUUGCGGAGUUAAAAUAAUGUAUUAUUACUGUGUAGUAACAGUGUAUGGAAAGCUAGAUAAAUGGACAUUUGGUACCUGUGAAAAACAAGAUAUGCAAACAAUUAGUCCCCCCAUUCUUUUUUUUUUAAACACUUCAACUACUAAGAAUCUGAUUAUCUCAAUUUUAUUUACAGUACCUAUAUGCCCUAAUAUUCUGACUUAUAAUUAAUGAAAUAUUAAGUUUGUGUAAUAUAAUGUGAAAAAUAUAUUAAUUUUUUAAAUUUAAAUUCAAGAUUAAUAAUAAGUACCUACAAAAGUAUUAAAUAAAAUUGUUUAACAAAGUUGAAAUCAAUUAAUUUUUAAUAUGAAAUUCAUGUAUUGCGAGUACUGAUGGUUGAUGAUCCUUGGGAAAGUUAUUCAAUUUUGCAUAAAUAUAUGAUCCUAGUAUGUAUAUUAAGACCAUUAUAUAACUUUGAGGUGGUUUUCACAUCAGAUAAAUAGGCAAUUAGUAGUUAACAAUAUUUAACAGACCAUACGUAUUGCCUUUAUCUCUCAUACAGAAGCGACAGUAAAAAACCAUGUCAACUGACAAGAACAAAAUAGCAAAAUUACACAUUACAAUGUAGUAUGUUAAUAUUAUUUAAUAAGGUUAGAUUAUGCUCAACACUGGCAAUAUCAUAUUGUUUCAAUGUGAGAAUAUUUAUUAUUAUCUAUGAGAAUAAUCUAAUGGCAAUGUUAUUGCUGAUUGCUAGUUUCUAAUUACCUAUUGCUCUGUGAGAACCGUAUUUAGACUAGAAAAAAUAAAUCAAAAAUAGAUUAUUUUAUGUGGAACAGUGAAAAAUUUAAGGAGAUAAAGGAUUGUAAAGUUAUUUUUGGUGAGAAUAUAACACUAAUGGCCACGAAGAACACUUGCAUUUGAAGGGAUUGGUGAAGAUUUUCCUAAUUUUCUCCAAGUGUUUAUACAAUAUUUUUAGUUCUUUAUUAGACACAUUAAAUUUUUUUUUAUAUUUCAAUUUUUUUAUUGCAAGCAAAUUUGAAAUAUGUUCAAAAAUACAAUCAUAUUUUUUUAUGAUUUUCAGUAAAAUAACAGAAUUUCUAUUUCUAACAUAUUCAAGUAAAGAACCUGAAGAAUAAUAAUUUAUUUAAAAAUUGUAAUCCAUCAAACACAAUUCCUAUUGUUAUGUCUGGCUCUUUUAGAUUUACAUUAGCUAAAAUAUACAUAGUCACCAAUCAAUCUUUUAAGCAAUUUGUUUAAUUUGUUUUUAUAGAUGACUGAAGAAAAAUUAAGUAAGAGAAUGAUUUUCCCAUACACAUUCACUGCUAAGAUUAUUCAGUUUCCAUUCAAAAUGCAUAUGAAACAUCAUUGGAUGUUCCCAUGGUUUAUGGGAGCGGCUGUAUUAGUUUCGCCCAUAUUCUAUAAAAUACAACAAUUCGGUAAAAUUAUUUUUUAUAAUAUAUCAGUAGAUAAAUUAAUUUAAUCUUAUAAAACAUGUGUAAUUUUUUUUUUCCAGCCAAUUGUGAAGCCAAUAUUAAGUUGUGGGCUGAGAAAAGAAGAAAAGAUGAGGAACACUAUAAACAUAAAUGGGAUUAA